AUGGAGACAAAGAAAGAUAUUUUAGAUUCCAGAAAGGUCUCACAUCAAUAUUCAACCAACCAAACAAAUGUGGAGUCUUCAGGCAAGAAGAAAACUAAGUGCAGUAAUGGCUUUAAGAUGUUUAUGGCUGCCCUUGCAUUCAGCUUUAUUUUGAAAGUAUUAGCAACGAUUUUCAUGAAAAGUUCUAUCACUCAGAUAGAAAGAAGAUUUGGCCUAACAACAUCUAAAGCUGGGUUAAUUGAUGGAAGUUUUGAAAUAGGGAAUUCACUGUUGAUUACAUUGAUAAGUCAUUAUGGAGCCAAAUCUCACAUACCAAGAGUAAUUGGAACUGGAUGUAUCGUUAUGGGAAUUGGAAGUAUUUUAAUUGCAAUACCUCAUUUUUUCAUGGGAUAUUAUAGGUAUGAUACAUCAUUAAAUGUCAAGACACUUAACUCAACAGUAAGCUACAUUCCUUGCAAAACUGAUCAAUAUUCAGCUGGAAAUAUGACAUCACAAAUAAUAUUAGAAUCAGGUUGCAAAAAUGAAUCUAGUUCACCAAUGUGGAUUUAUGUAAUGAUGGGGAACAUCCUACGUGGUAUUGGGGAAACUCCACUUCAACCCCUGGGAAUAACAUAUAUUGAUAAUUUUGCUAAUGAAGGACAUGCUUCUUUUUACAUAGGUAUUUUGCAAUCAUUAUCAGCUUUGGGCCCAAUACUAGGAUCUCUACUAGGAGCUUUAUGUGCAAGACUAUAUGUGGACAUUGGAUAUGUAGACCUAAGCACUAUAACAAUAAAGCCAAACGAUUCCCGUUGGGUUGGUGCUUGGUGGCUUGGCUUUAUCAUAACAGGUACUCUUAUGAUUUUUUCUGGAGUACCAUUCUUUUUCAUUCCUAAGAGCCAGAAGAAACCAAGAACUGGAAGUAAAGUUCCAGAAUCUGUGGAUAUACCAGAUAUCAAUGACAGAAGUAGCCAACAGCUGAAUUUUAAACAUCUUGAGCAAGCAAAGAAUCAUCGAGGUUUAUCAGGUUAUUUGCAUGCCUUGAAGUGUAUUCUUAGUAACAGGUUGUACCUCAUCUUCUUAAUUUCAUCUACAUUGGCAUUUACUGGUUCGAUUGGGACUAUAACAUAUCAACCAAAAUAUUUAGAACAGCAAUAUGGAGAGUCAAUUUCUAAAUAUAACUUAAUAUUUGGAUUAGUGAUAAUUCCUUUGACUGGUAUAUCAGUUUUUCUGGGAGGAUAUAUUCCUAGAAAAUGGAAAUUAGACGUAAUUGGAAUUGCCAAAGUGCUCUUUAUUUCCCAAUUUUGUGGUUACAUUUCAGAAUUAUUGAUUUUGUCAUUAAACUGUGGAAACAGACCAAUAGUUGGACUAACAGUAACCUACAAUGGAGAUGACCCAGGCAUAUAUCCUCAAAACAUCCCAUUUCCUUUCUGCAACUCAGACUGUAAUUGUGAUGCCAAUCUAUGGGAUCCUGUUUGUGGGGACAAUGGACUCACUUAUAUAACACCAUGUUUAGCUGGAUGUAAAUCUUCAGUAGGCCACGGAAAGGACUUGGUAUUUCAUAACUGUAGCUGUGUUGAAAUUAACAAUUUCCAGUCACAAAACACCUCGGCCUAUUUGGGAGAAUGUUCAAGGACAGCUGAUUGUUCAAGAAAGUUUAUUUAUUAUAUGGCAGUGCAAUCUUUGGCAUACUUUUUCUAUUCAUUGGGAUAUACUCCUGGAACUAUGCUGAUUUUUAAGAAUGUUGAGCCUGAGCUGAAAUCCCUUGCAAUAGGUUUUUAUGUAUUAAUCUUGCGAACAAUAGGUGGAAUGCUGACCCCUAUUUAUUUUGGAGCAAUAAUAGAUUCAGCAUGUCUGAAAUGGGCCACUAAUACUUGUGGAGAUCAAGGAGCUUGUAGAGUAUAUCACUCUGUAUCACUUAGAAACAAAUUCACUGGCUUCAUUUUAGGAAUUAAAGUGCCAGUAUUCAUCUUAUUUAUCUUUUUAUUCAUUAAUAUGAAGAAAAAAUAUGAAGAAAACACUGGAAUUUCUAAAAACGGAAGAAGAAAUAUGGAUGACUUAAACAUUAAAGAAUCUUUAAACAAUGAACAGUUGGGACCUUUUGCUAUUUCAGACAAUGAAACAUAUUUGUAAAAAACGUACGUUACUUGUUCACAACCAAGUCUUUUGUAUCCUUCUUGAGAUCCAGAAGAAUCAGAAUCCACAAUAGAAGUUAUGAUCAGAUCUUUGACUCAGUUAACCUCCUCCUUUUGAACAGAAGUUCAGGAGUAAUGUUGUUCCUUUUUCCUGAGAUUUCUGACGUGUUUACUUCAUAGAGUAUUAAUUAAAAAUGUCAAGCUGACAGUGACAAAAACCUAAAUGAAAAGAUGAUGAAACAUAUCUUGUUUUCAGUAUAGCCCUUUGAUUGUAAUGAAGAUAUAUAGUGCAUCUUCCAUCUAUCAAUAAAGGUAAUUUAUGAGAUUAAUAAAUAACU